UAAAUAAGAUUUUUCAGAAUGUUUAGAUUGAAUGAAUCUUAUUUGAUGAAGAUAUUGAUCCUUCUAGCUGUAAACCUACCUGGAGUACCUGCUCCAGUUACAAGAUGUUCCCCCUUUAUCAUUAUCAACAAGGUGGUUGAGUGGCAGAGCUGGUCGUCUGACAUGAACCCCUACUUCCCUGUCCCUCCGUGUGAGUACGGAGGUCCCUUGCAGGCCAUCUUAGCUGGAGAUAUGAACGCGGUUUUUCUCUUGGAUGAACCGGAACUAAUUCCCAGGCAUAAUACUUACGAGUUUCUCUGGUUCCUCAAAACCGGAUAUACCAGGCUUCAGAGAAUGUUGGCUAAAAAAGAACCGUUUGAAUACGACUUCAAUAUUCUCAGGGAGGGAUAUGAUCAUCAUUCAGAAACAUCUAGAAGAACUCAGUUCGGUCACGGACCUGUCAGGCGUCCUGAAGUGCUUGAUGAUGAAGUUAUAUUCACUAAUGUUGCUGGAGAAGCUCUCAAGGAUUUCUGGAAAGGUCAAGACAAGGUCGGGUCGAACUUUAACGCCGAGGGUCUUCUACUGUAUCCAGAAGAUACUCCUCUUGGUUCUUCAACAGAUGUACUGCAGGAUAAUCCAGAACACCAAACCAUACUUUGAUAACACGGGCACUAAGCUAUACUUAAUAACAUAAGCAAAAAACCAUACUUUGAUAAAACGGGCACUAAGCUAUACUUGAUAACAUAAGCAUCAAACCAUACUUUGAUAACACGGGCACUAAGCUAUACUUGAUAACAUGAGCAUCAUACCAUACUUUGAUAACACGGCACUAAGCUAUACUUAAUAACAUAAGCAUCAAACCAUACUUUGAUAACACGGGCACUAACAAUACUUGAUAACAUAAGCAUCAAACCAUACUUUGAUAACACGGGCACUAAGCUAUACUUGAUAACACGGUCAAAUGAUUUUUAAUUUUCUUGUGUAAUUUAUACGUAAAUUAUAUGUACGAGUUAAUAACAUUUUCAUAAUAAAGAAGUAUAAGUAUA